GAGCAAACGUACCACGUGCUCAUUCACAUGUGUUCGGCAUGGCGAACUGGACUCAGGAGGACGGUGCAGCGGAGCCCGUCAAAAACCCUGCGGACGUGGCAACGAUAGCGCAGAUAUCUAGUGGAAAUGUCACGGCCAGACCCGACGGGAAUUCUGCGGCGGUUCCGUGUCUCAUUCCGUCGUUCGCGGACGCGGUGAAGCUGCUGAACGCGAGUUACUCGUGUCUGGUAAUGGACACGCACCGCAGGCACAUCUCGCUGCCGCCCGUCUACCUGCGAAAGAAGCGGAGCGGCAUACAGGAGGAACUCAACGCUGAACUGCUCAAGUACUCGGGCAGUAUGAAUGGUGUUCCUAUGGCGUAUGACAACAUUAAAAUCAUAGGACAGCAUGGAGAUAUUUAUGACGAUCAGGGAUUCAUUCACCUCAACAUCGAGGCAUCGUUCGUGAUUUUCCAACCGAAGAAAGGAUCGAAGCUUGUGGGUGUGAUUAAUAAAAUGGGAAUGGGUCACGUGGGCUGUCUGGUCCACGGCUGCUUCAACGCGGCUGUGAUGAAGCCCGGUCAGCUGAGCCUAGAACAGUGGAGGGACUCCGGCCUGAGUGUCGGACAAAGCCUGGAGUUCGAGGUCUUGCAGCUGGACUCCGACACUGCAGGUGUUCUUCUGAUCAAAGGACGGCUGGAGGAAUCCAGAGUGCAAGAGCUUGUGGGUCAAACCGGACAAAAGGAAUCCACUGUAGUAUCCACUACAGAAACAGAGGCCACAGAAAACAUGACCGACAGUCCAAAACCCAAGAAGAAAAAGAAGAAAGAUAAGCGCGAGGAGGAGUCUGCAGCGGAUGAGUCUGUGAACGGCAGCAGCCUGCAGCAACUGUCAGAAAACAACGAAACCACUGUGGACACAAUGGAGGUGGACUCCAAUUCAAACAGACAUCACAAAGAGAAAAAAAAGAAGAAAAAAGACAAACGACAGGAGUCAGAUGAAAUCUUGCCCUCUGAACUCCCGGUGAGCGACUCCAGCGGGUAUAUCAGUUUCAAAACCAGCAGAAAGAGACCGGCGGAGAGUGAAGGCGGACUACAGGACGACUCUGAAAUAAUGUCUCCUGCUAAAAAGAAGAAAAAGAUCAAGUGAUUUCUGUCACAGAGCAUUUAACGAACUGAAAACUUUGUGUGAUUUAUUUUUACAGAAUAUAAUAAAUGCCUUUUCCUCUGGA